CCUUGGCAAACAUCCAUUCAGCCACUUGCCCCCCUUCGGUAUCUGAACAUUCGCAUCCACCAUUCCAUCUGACAACGUCUCCCCCAUCUUCUGUUUCGUAAUGUCUGGAUCUUCCUCUAAAUCUUGCAGUGGGAACCCAUCUCAACCCCAUCUCCCUCUCAUAAUCUGCCCCCGCUGUGGCCGCACGCGCCUCAUAACGAACGUUCAGAAGAAAGAUGGACCGAAGAAGGGGAAAAGAUUCUACAAAUGUCCUACAGAAGAGGUUGAGGGAUCAUGCCGUUAUUUUGCGUGGGAAGAGGAUUACACGGCUAUGCUAGACAGGAUCACGGAUUCGACUUUGGCAUUCCAGCAUGCUAGAUCCCCGUCUUCGAACGACCAAGUAACCGCAGCCCAACAACCGCAGGCUGUUAGGAACGACAACCUAACAAAAAAGUGGGGUACACCAGUUCAGAUGGAUGAUGGUUGGUGCGCAUAUGUCCUGGACAUGCUGCACAAACGUGUAAUUGUUCUUGACCCAAUGGCCGGACCUCUUGGUUUCACGAAUGAGAGAAUUACAAUUCACGGGUACACCUCAAAUCUAAUGCUCAACGAGUUCUUUCGGUGUGUACGGAAAAUGUUCAAAAAUUGGUCAUGCGACACCAAUGGUUGGAUUACACGCUACCCCAUCAUCAUGACCGAACAUUUUCCCAGCCAACAUUCUGGAUUGUGCAUGUCAUAUAUGUUACGGAAUUUCGACGGCGACAAGCUCGUGAACCCUCUCACACAGGAAUCAUUCAACAUGCAUCACCAGAACACUCUUUACGAGGUGACGAGACUUGAGGGCAAUAUCAGCAAAACCCCGGCAGAUGCACUUGAAGCCAUCAUGACAGCAUUCCAUGUACUUUGAGUUGUCAUCCUGUUCUUUUAUAUCAUAUAGCUGUGGACCCCUA